GAAAAAUGUAAAUCCAUUAAUUUUUCUUCCUUCCUCUGUUCCCCAUAAUCUCUCACCGCAUUCUCUCUCUCUCUCUCUCUCUCUCUCUCUCUCUCGUUGCACGUGGAGAACAAAGUGAGUACACCGCUAUUUUCCUCUGUACUACCCCUAGUAAAUAUUUGAAAAACCCUAUGGACAGAGCUUUUACCCAACAAGAAGACGAACGAGAAGCAACGGUGCACGACCAAAGUAUUGUCCGUCACUGACCAAAGCUUUGAACCUCUGUUAAUGUUAACCCAUUUCCUAUUUUGGGCUCUUGGGUAUCGAAAUCUCUACGCAGCUUGUCUUUCAGAGCUCGAUUUUCAAAUGGGAUCGUUUAGACAAGAUUUCUUUGUUCGGGUUUAGUUGUGAAGGGUUCUUUUUUUUUUUUUUUCUUUUUUAUGUGGUUCUUCUGGUUGUAUUGAAGCAACAUAGGUGGGAAUGGAGUGUUUAGUUGAGAAGUCUGGGGGAAUCAAUGAGAGGAAAAAUGGCUUCCAUGGGAACGAAACUGAGUCAUUUACGGAUUCCGUUGAAGAGUCUCAGGAUAGCAGUUCCUGCAGUUCAAGCUCUGAUAUCUUGACGUCUGUUGGGACUACGAAUGAAGAACGGAACCAUAGUAGUUCAGAAGAGGCGUCCUCACCGCCUUCACCAGGCUGGCCGAUUCCGAAGUCGGAGUUAAAAAAUUAUUCGAUUUCUGAUGCUGACAAAAUGCCCCAUUUGGAUAAUAAGAAAUUAGACAAACAAGGAUCAAAGAUUUCGGAGGUUGAGAUGAUGAAAGAGAAGUUUUCAAAAUUGUUACUUGGUGAAGACAUGUCCGGAUGUGGAAAAGGAGUUUGCACAGCAUUGACCAUUUCGAAUGCCAUUACCAAUCUUUGUGCUACCCUUUUUGGGCAGCUUUGGAGAUUAGAACCCCUACCCCCAGAGAAGAAAGCGAUGUGGCAAAGAGAGAUGGAAUGGCUUCUUUGUGUUAGUGAUCACAUUGUCGAAUUGGCAUCCUCUUGGCAAACAUUUCCUGAUGGAAGAAAGAUUGAGGUUAUGACUUCUAGACCCAGAUCAGAUCUUUUUAUCAAUCUUCCAGCAUUGCGUAAACUAGACAAUAUGCUUAUUGAAAUAUUAGAUAGCUUUAGCAACACAGAAUUCUGGUACGUCGACCAAGGAAUUAUAACCCCAGAUGCUGAUGGGUCAGCCUCUUUUCGCAGACCCCUUCAGCGCCAAGAGGACAAGUGGUGGCUUCCUGUGCCCCGUGUACCUCCUGGUGGUCUCCAUGAAAAUUCAAGAAGAGAGUUGCAGCAUAAACGUGAAUGCACUAAUCAAAUCCUUAAAGCUGCAAUGGCUAUCAACAGCAUUGCUUUAGCUGAAAUGGAAGUCCCUGAGUCAUAUUUGGAAUCUCUACCAAAGAAUGGAAGAGCCUGCCUAGGUGAUGUGAUUUACCGGUAUAUUACAUCAGAUCAGUUCUUCCCCGAAUGCCUCCUUGAUUGCCUUGACCUUUCCUCUGAACAUCAGGCCCUAGAAAUUGCCAACCGUGUUGAGGCAUCAAUAUACCUUUGGCGCCGGAGAAUAGAUUCAAAACCCAUAAGCAAAAAUCGCUCGACUGCUAAGUCAUCCUGGGAAAUGGUCAAGGAAUUGAUCAUUGAUGGAGAUAGAAUGGAAUUGCUUGCGGAUAGAGCUGAAAACUUAUUUCUUUGCUUGCAGCAGCGGUACCCUGGUCUUCCACAGACAACCUUGGAUAUGAGCAAGAUACAAUACAAUAAGUUUUUUCAGGAUGUUGGGAAAUCCAUUUUAGAGAGCUACUCAAGAGUCUUGGAGAGCCUGGCGUUUAAUAUUGUUGCCCGCAUUGAUGAUCUGCUCUAUGUUGAUGACUUGACUAAGCAUUCAGAUCAACAUUCAUCAGUCCCCACAGUUAGUGUGAUUGGAAUUGCCCACAAGAAGGCAUCAGUUCUGUAUUCAGUGCCUGUCUCAAGCACUCCGUAUACUACUGCUUUUACCACUCCAAGCUUGUCACCUGCACCUCUGGUUAGCCCUGCAGGAGGAGAGAGGUCCCCUUUCUUCAACGACAACAACAACAAGCUGCAACAUCGUGGGUUUGGAGUAAAGAAAGCCCUGACAGAUUAUCUUGGUCGUGAUACAAAAAGAAACAGUUCCUGCAAUCAAGUUGAGGGGUCAGGUACAGUCUCAUGCUGAAUUAUUGCUGAAGCGAAUGUAACCUCUUCCCAGCAUUGAAACUUGAAAGUCAUGAGAGCAAGAAAGAUGUCCUCGGCCCGCCCCCCAGUUUGGGAUUAAGUUGUAGCAAGAGACCACUGAAUUUUCAUAGCAGAAACCAGUUGUGUCUCACAAGGCAUUUCAGCUUUAAGACUGUCAUUAUAAAUUGGCAAGUGGAAUCAAGGGUUAGGAAAAUCAACCAUCAAAUUGUUUGUUUUCUAAUUUUGCUGUAACGAGUUCCAUGUUUAUUGAAAUUAGCCUGACAGUUUGAUGGGUUCAUGGAUAUCACUUAA